AUGUCUAUGCAGCAGCAUCGGAAUGAGGAGAAAGUAAUGGAAGAGGCAGUAGCAAAAGUACGUGAGGUGGUACACACAGCAUCAAAGAACGACAUCAUUCUUGCACUUCAUAAUUUCGAUUUUGAUAUUAACAAAACUAUACAAGCAUUUUAUGAUGAUGGUGCACAGAGCGCUUUGAGUUCAUGGAAAAGAUCUGGUACCUCUAAUAAAAAGAAUCAAAAAAAGAAGAAGAUGGCCAAGGAUCAAGUAGUGACUGCAGCAACCGCAUCUACGCCAUCAUGCACUUGUGCACCACGUUCUGGUCCGAGAGCCCUAAAUGGAAUGGUCUCAUCACCGGUCAUCAGUGGAAUUGUAGAAGCAGCGAUUCCAGGCAGUCGAUCUGAAACUAUACCACUAUCAACAUCUGAAUCACGAAAAUUAGUGGCAAGUGCUGGUGCUACUAAAAUAUCUUCUGCUAGUUCUAUUCGGUCAAAAUCAGCAGCACUGAGUGCGGCAGGAUUGAAGGACCAUGAUAGGCAAAUUGAAAAGGUAGAGACUGUUUUUGAAAACCAGCUUUCCAUAGCUGAAGAAGAUGUGCGGAAUUCAUUUAAGUGUAUACGCCAACUUUUGGUUGAACGUGAAAAUCAUUUAUUGGCGGAGUUACAACGAACACAUGAUGAAGGGACACGAUUCUUCAAUGAACGUCGUCUGCAAUCUUGUGAACUGUAUGAUCGUGCGAAACGAAUGAGCGCAAUGAGUGAUCGUGAACAAGCAGAAUUGCGUGAUGAAAUUGCAAGAUUUAAUGCGGAAAAGCAGAAUGAGGAAGGGAUCGCUUUAGCAACUCGUUUUCACUGCGAUAGUGCUCAACUCGUCAAACUUGUUAAAAAUUUCGGUGAAGUUGUUGCUGUGAAUAGCACAGCCAGAAAUGAGACAAAUUUAGUAGUUCGUCAAGCAGGAAUUGCUGCAUCAACUUAUGUAAUGAAACAUUCGACAAGUUAUUCGUCCAUUGUAAGCUCACUUGGGGAAGAUUCGGGACUGGGACAAAUUAGUCCAGAUGGAAAUGAGGACCGUAAGAAUGUAGCAGAAAUCUCAAAUGGAGGGAUUUUGAUGAAAUCCGACGCUUUAACUACUGAACAGCUGGCGGAUCUCAAUAAAAAACUGCAGGAAUCACUGAAAGCACAGGGUAUUGAUGCUUCGAUUUUAUCUGGUAUUGGUAGUAGGAAUGGAAUGCCAAUCAGACGACGUCCCCCUGGCGGUAGACGAACAGGACAGUCAAAUUCAGCGCGAGGAGGACGAGGAAGAAUUCAAUACAACAGUGGUAGCAGCAAAACAUCGCUUGUUCGAGUUCCGGAUCUUUUUAUCCUAGAAUCUUAG